GCGAGUCUUUGGCGCCAAGAUGGCGAUGGAGAUGAGGCUGCCUGUGGCUCGGAAGCCUCUUAGCGAGAGCCUGGGCCGCGAGAGUAAGAAACACCUGGUGGUGCCGGGGGACACGAUCACCACGGACACGGGCUUCAUGCGCGGCCAUGGGACUUACAUGGGGGAAGAGAAGCUCAUUGCGUCUGUGGCUGGAUCUGUGGAGAGAGUGAACAAGUUGAUCUGUGUGAAAGCUUUGAAAACCAGAUAUAAUGGUGAAGUAGGAGACAUUGUAGUGGGGAGAAUCACAGAGGUUCAGCAGAAGAGGUGGAAGGUGGAGACUAACUCUAGGCUGGAUUCAGUCUUGCUUCUCUCAUCCAUGAACCUUCCCGGAGGAGAGCUGAGGAGAAGAUCUGCAGAAGAUGAGCUGGCAAUGAGAGGUUUCUUGCAGGAAGGAGACCUUAUCAGUGCUGAGGUCCAGGCAGUGUUCUCUGACGGAGCUGUCUCUCUGCACACGAGGAGUCUCAAAUACGGAAAACUAGGUCAGGGUGUUUUGGUCCAGGUUUCUCCCUCCCUGGUGAAACGGCAGAAGACUCACUUCCAUGACUUGCCGUGUGGUGCCUCAGUGAUUCUGGGUAACAACGGCUUCAUCUGGAUCUACCCUACACCCGAGCACAAAGAAGAGGAUGCAGGGGGCUUCACUGCAAACCUGGAGCCUGUCUCCCUUGCUGAUCGAGAGGUGAUCUCCCGGCUUCGGAACUGCAUCGUCUCCUUGGUAACUCAGAGGAUGAUGCUGUAUGACACCAGUAUCCUGUAUUGCUAUGAGGCGUCCCUUCCACAUCAGAUCAAAGACAUCUUAAAGCCAGAAAUCAUGGAGGAAAUUGUGAUGGAAACACGCCAGAGACUUUUAGAACAGGAGGGAUAAGAGAAGCGUCUGAAGGACAGGACCGUGUGUACCUGACUGGAGCAGUUCUUGAAAGUGAAGAAUCUGAUCUGUGGUCCGCAUGUGGGCUCGGCAAAGAACUGGGACUGGGAGACUCAUCACUUGACCUUCGUCAGGCUGCCUGCAGCCCCCACACCUGCUUUCUUCUGUUCUACGGCAAAGUCUGGGGCACGUGACAGGGCCAGGCUCGUGGGGUUGCCUGCAGAGUCCUGGCACGAGGGGUAGUUUUGGGUCUUUAAAAGCACGCAGUGUUCCAGCUGAUUGGACUCCCAUCCUGGAAUCCUACGGAGAAUCUUUUGUCUUCUCCUCACCAUCAGUUCACAAGGCACAAUGCCCCAUGAAAUCGCCCCUAUAAAACGCAUGCCCUCCCUGACCCCCAGACUGUUUUGGCCUCCAUUCCCACCUCCUCCACAGCGCAAGUGCAACACUGAAGCAUUUAGUUGUCAAGUCCACCCAGCGGUCAAAUGGAGGAAUAAAGGAACCAAGAGCCUUUUGCUUGGUUGGAAUCUUAUUGCCCACUCAUGUCCUUCUUGUUAUAGCUGCGGGUAUGUCCACCCAGGCUGCCUUAGUCUGUCCUGCCUUGGAGGGUGAUUUGUAAGAAGCUGAAUUAUCGAUAAGAGAAGGAAUGAAUGUUUUGAGUGCUCUGAUAAACAUGAAAACAAAGUAAGAAAAAUGGAGAAGGGAAAAGAAAAGCUGUUUUCCUCCUCUAAUUGAAGUACUAAUGCAUUAACUUUUGACUAAUUCAGAGUUAAAAGACAAAAACAAGAUGGUGAAGUUCUCACUGAGGAAGGCUAGAAUUCCUAGGCAUUGUUUUUCUGCUGACUAAAAUGGUGCCCUGAGUUAGGUUUUGAGAAACAUUCUUUUAAAGUCACUAUAUGAAAGUGCUCUUUUAUUUCACAUGUGGUGAACUAUUUUUUUUUAUAACUGUGGCAUUAGCAUUCUGUUCUUGUGUUCUGUGUACUACUUGGGAGCUCGGUACAGUUGAAGGAGGGCUUAGCAGAUAGAAAUUCUUUUGACAGAGGCCCUAACUACUCUGCUUGGGUCACCUAGUAAAAUUUAAACCUAGGACAGUUUCAGUGGUAGUAACGUUGAACACUGCAUUUGGUAGUUUUGAAAUAACAGCUUGGCUCUUUUUCAUUAAAUGGUUUUUUGCUUUAUAACAUUA